CGGGUGGACGUGAUAUUUCAAACAGCACAUCAGAGCGUUUAUGUAUUGGGUGCCCGGAAAUUUUUCCAAAUAAACACAGCUUGAUUCGACCUGGGUGGGCAGACUUAUCAAGAGACUAAUUCUGUAAACAGAUGAGGGGGAAAGCCGUUGCCUGAUUGGUCGCUGUGCAGAGGAGGGGAGUUUCAGAGCAAUGAAAUUUUAAUUAAUGUGGGUGGGCUGCGAGCGCCGCCGACUGUUUAUGAUGGACAAUUUAUUUCCCGGCGCAAAGUCAACACCACACAGCAAACCUACAACAAUUAUUAACAUUUUUCUGGGGCCCUCAUGAGGCUGCCGGCUUAUUUAGAGGCGGAGAGGCGAUCCGGGAGCAGGCUCCACUUUUCCCGGAACACUCUGCGGUUCCCCGCGCGUCAUGACGCACGACCACGGCCGGCUGCAGCCCCUCGGAGGGGUUUCUCCGGCUUUGAGCCUCUCCGGACCCCCACUCAUUUACCUGUACGGCGGAGGGGUUGUUCCUGCUGCGCUCAGCUUCGUACCAAGCCGCCAGGAGCCCCCCCAGAAGCCGCCCUACAGUUACAUCGCCCUUAUCGCCAUGGCCAUCAAGAGUGCGCCAGGUCAGCGCGCAACGCUCAGCGGCAUCUACCAGUUCAUCAUGGACCGGUUCCCCUUCUAUCACGACAACAAGCAGGGCUGGCAGAACUCGAUCAGACACAACCUGUCCCUGAACGACUGCUUCAUCAAGGUGCCGCGGGAGAGGGGGCGCCCGGGAAAAGGCAGCUACUGGACGCUGGACACCAAGUGUCUGGACAUGUUUGAAAACGGGAAUUACCGCCGAAGGAAGAGAAAGACCAAGAAUCCGUCGCAGGUCCAGGACUCUAAACCUGCUGGACACAAGCGCUGCAGGGGCCAGGGGUCAUUCAGGGGGGCCCAGGGCGCAGAGCGGGACAAACAGACAGUUGUCGCCGAGUUUCACCAUUCGGAGGAGCAGCAGAACCCCUCCAUACCCAAAUCCAAAGAGUCCCCGCCGGCGCGACGGCGCAUUGACAACCCGGAGCCGAGUCCCACAGCGCUGUGGGCCGAACCGGACCGGAGUUCAGCCUUUAGGGGCAGAAACAGAGGCCCGCUCUGUGCCGUGAGCUGCACCGCAAACACGGACCUGGCCGCUCCAGGACGGGACAAACCCAAAGAAAGUGUUCCGAGAACGGACAGAUCCAAAGGCUUCACCAUCGAGAGCAUCCUGUCCAAGCGCGAUGAUGAUGCGCGCAGCAGCAUCCAGAGCGCGCCUGCGCACAAUGCCUCCCUCAGCUCUCCCCUGCAGCUCUACCACAUGGGCUUUCCGCUCUGCUCCUACCUGUCACUCACCUGUGCCGAUGACGUGCUUCGCUUCAAAUGAGCGCGCGCAUUUCCCCCACUAGAUUUACCUUUCUGCGCCUCACGCGCGUGCUCUCAAGACAUUCAUGAUCAUCAUAACCAUCAAUGAACGUAUUUUAACAUUUAACAGGGAGACCUUGACUCAUCUUAAGUCACCUUUACGCAUGUGUGAUGACGUUUUUACACAAUGAAAAAAGGUGAUUUUUGUAAAGCACUUAAUAAAAACUCAAUUUCUUUCUCCUUGAAUCAGUCUAAAAGUUAAGACCCUUUACAAUUUUUUUUUGUAAUUUAAAAAAAGAAAUCUGACAUUUCAUACUUAACAUAGCCAGACAUGUUAAACGUUGAAAUUUUCUCUUUAGUUGCAAAAUAAAGUUUAGUUUUUGU